AUGAAGAUUCAGUUCCUGGUGCCACAUAUAGCAGUGGUAAUUGUACUUGGUUGCCGUAUUUCGGUCGAUGUUCCAGGUGACUAUAUUACACUUGAAUACUUGGUUUUCUGAUGACUUAAAUUUGAACACAUAACUGUAUAUUUGAAACAUUUUUAAAAAUAACCUGGCGACCUUUUUCUUUCCUCAUCAACAACGUUAGCAUGAAAACUGAGCCGACGAGCGAGCUGAAUGUAUGGGUGGGGGGUGAAUACAAGGUAAAUUUGGUUUCUUUGCGUGCUGGAACUCAUUAAAAUAUGACAAGUGUUUUGUGUGCAUGGAGGUUUUUCUUUUUAAUUGGGCCAUAUUGUCAAAACGUGCAGCAUAUAACUGCCAUGAAACCACCACAGCUCUAUUUUACUUUUACACAAGUACUUGCACUUGUACCCUAUUAUUGCCACCUCAGUGGAAUGUUAAUCUUGAGUCCUCCCGACUGCUCGAUGUUGCACUUUCACUGAAUGUGAAGCUCACACCUGCACAGCACAGCUGUCAAAACUAGGGGGGGGGGAAAAGAGGGAACAAACCAAAGUCGAAGCAGGCUCCCCACUCCUCCUCCUCUUGGUCGAAAUCUCGAUUUAUCCCUCCUCUUGUUUCUGGGCGGAUCUUGUGAAGUCCUCCACACCCCUACUCUGGGCUGGCUUCAAGCUAUUUCAGCAGCUGCACGUGGAAACAAAAGCAGAGUGGCCGCACUUUCAUCUGUCGGAGAGAUUACGGUAUUUGGCUGCCCGUGCAUGUUGGCCACUUUUGGCUAUGUGGCGAGGACACACGCUGUCACCUGUGACGCGCGUCGACUCUCCGUAAAGCUCGCGUGGAACAGGACAACUCGAACAUUCUCCGACAAUGACUGCUUGAGCUACACUUCAAUUACUACUGCUGUCAGCCUCCCCCACUUUGAGUCACAGGACACCACUAUGGUGGAUAAAGGCCCCUUGUUGACUUCUGCUAUUAUUUUCUACCUGUCCAUUGGGGCAGCUAUUUUUCAAGUCUUGGAGGAACCCAAUUGGAAGCAGGCCGCAAAACACUAUAGACUUCAGAAGGAAAAAAUACUUCAGGACUACCCUUGUCUGACGAAAGAUGACUUGGAGAAAAUAUUGCAGAUAGUUUCCGAUGCUGCUGGCCAAGGAGUCACUAUAACUGGCAGCAAGACUUUCAACAACUGGAACUGGCCAAAUGCUGUCAUUUUUGCUGCCACAGUCAUAACUACGAUAGGGUAUGGAAACAUUGCUCCCAAAACAUCAGCCGGCCGAGUGUUUUGCAUCUUCUAUGGGCUAUUUGGUGUGCCAUUGUGUCUUACCUGGAUCAGCGAACUUGGGAAGUUCUUUGGUGGACGAGCCAAGCACUUUGGUCAAUAUCUAACUAAGAAAGGAUUUUCACUGAUGCUUUUUUUUCUAUUGCAGAGGAAAGCUCAGUUUACCUGUACAGCUAUUUUUCUUCUCUGGGGGCUGCUGAUCCAUUUAGUCCUUCCACCUUUUGUGUUUAUGUCCCAGGAGGGUUGGACAUAUGUUGAAGGCUUGUACUUCUCAUUUGUCACUUUGACUACAAUUGGAUUUGGCGACUUGGUAGCAGGUGUGGAACCCAAAAAAGACUACCCUACUCUGUACCGCUACUUUGUGGAGGUUUGGAUUUAUCUAGGGUUGGCUUGGCUUUCGUUGUUCUUCAACUGGAAAGUGCGAAUGGUAAUUGAGGCUCACAAAGCGCUAAAGAAAAGGCGCAAGCUACGCAAACUUUCCCUUGAUGAACUGCGGCACUAUAAAGAGUCUCACAAAGCUGCACUUCGUCUUCGUCCCACUCCCAAUGAUGUCAACAUCUUUAGCUUCCUGUCCAAGAAACAGGAAGGCUACAAUGACUUGAUCAAGCAGAUUGGCACUAAGAGUGACCAAAGACUCAAUGCCAGCAAAGGAAACACCAUUAACAAAACCAAAGACAUGCCUCGAUCCAAGAGCUCCAGUGAUGCUCCCAUGUUUAAUGGCCAUACCAUCCUUAGUUUAGACCGUUCACCACGACAAAAGAGAAGAUACAGUUUUAGUGACCGUGUCACUGUUGCCUUUUCCAAGUCCAAAAAUUACCUCCUGGGCUCUGACAAUGGUUUGCUGCUAACAGAGGAUCAAGGUGAUAGGGAAGUUGAACUUGACCAGGACCAAAUAUAUGAAAACCAACUUGACAAAGAUGUGGAACAGGAGAGUGGCUCUCAGGGAGAUUGUGGGAGAACUGGUCGGAGGGCAUGGGAUUCUAAAGAAUACCAUUCUCUUACAUUCCAAAAUGCAAAUAUUACUUUCAUUGAUGAGGAAAACUUUUUUGGCAAUAAUCUGGAGGAGGAGGAAGAGGAUGAUGAUUCCAAAGCGAAACUAUCAAUAACUACAUGUGAUGAAAAUAUUGAAACAGUCUCCAGGGAGGAGCAGAGUUCUGAGUCGGGUGGCUCUGUUUUUACAAGUGAUGUUUCAGAACACAGCCACUCUUAUGAAACUCUUGUGGAGGAAUAUGCAAAGGAAGACAAUACGGAACCUUAGUUCCUGUGCAAACAAUCAGCACUGCCUUUGUUGUGAAUGUUGAUGCUUUUGAAGGUGUUCUAAUGUGAACUGAAAAGACACCCCAUUGCACUGUUGGGUCUGGCAAAACAGAUAAACUACCAAGCCAAAUGAAUAUGCUUUUCCUUCAACAAAAUGUUCUUUUCUUCUAAUAAAAUAAAAUCUGUGUCGUUUUGGAUAUGAACAAAUUUUACAUCUUUAAUCAAUAUUGACUCGAGACUUCAUCAGUUCAAGGUGUCUUUUGUAAAUGUACAGUAAAGAUUUAUCUGGUAUUGGUUAUCUAAGAUGUGUACAAAUUGUUUUUCCUUGUACAUCUGUUCUACACAUUCUCGUAUUAAAUUAUGUAUAUGUUUGAACAUAUUUGUUCCCACAUACGCCAUAUUGGUGUUUUUAAAUUAUUUAAAAUGAUGGGCAUAGUAGUAGUGUAGCUACGUGGGUUUUUUUUUCUGUCUCUUGCACAAUGCAUCAAAUGGCACAGAGGAAAGUUAAUUUCAAUGCAAUGUUUUUUCUUAACCUGAGCCUUUCCCUUCUUUUUCACUCUGUCUUGUUGAUUUUUUUUUUUUUUUUUUUUUUUGACUGUACGGAAUAUAUGUUGUCAAAGGUCCAUCAAUGAGUGAGAGAGGCAUACUGUAAAUCAAAGGUAAACUUGUGAAGGGAAAAAAAACCUUUGCAAGCUAAAGAUGAUAGCUAGUUUCUGUAAAUUCCCUACGCAAAGUGACCACCAAAAAUGAUAUAAACAAGGACUCCUUGCAAAUUUAUGAAAUCACCUCAGAAUAUAUUUCAAUUGUUUUCAUUAAAUACCUACUACAUUAUUGUAUUUUGCUGCAUAUGAAUGUCGUGGCCAUCUGAUGUGGAAAGAUGAUGGAAAAGUUUUUUUUUUUUUUUUUUCCACCGCACUUCCUACACAGCAUUGUAUGUCAAGUAAAUAUUAUCUGAUCGGCAGGUGCAAGCACCUCAGCUGAGGACAUGGCCUUGCUACUUGUUUGCUUUAGGGGGCUUGCACUGACACAAAUGACUGUAGUACUGCAAAUGACAGCCAGCUAGGUUAACACGCCGCGUAUCGAUUCUCCUAUGACGUGUGUUUUUGUGUCUCUCUGUAUCUGUGUCAAAAAGUCUUUUCGGAUACCUUUAUCUGCUCACCUCCUGCCUUUUGCACAUGCACUUGAGCACGAAAACUUGUUACUUCUAAUGGCUAAAUGCCAGCGAUUGCAGUGUCACACAGGGCUCUUGUGAAUUUUGAAGUCUGAGUCAUUUGAAGUUACUAGAUUGUAAAUGUUUGGGUAAUAAAAAGUUUUGUGCCACAUGGAUAACCUGACUUGGACUGCCUUAAAUCUACUGCAAAGCAGUUGGGUGAAAAAGUACAAUGCUGAAAUUGUAUAACAUUUCACACUGGGUGUUUUCAUACAGUAUGUUUCUACUUUUGGCUCCCACAAUUUUAGAUAUUUGGUCACAUUUUCUGUGAAUUUCUGUCACUGUCAUUAUGGUGGAUACCUUUGGUGCACCAUUGUUAAGCAGUCCUGGUACUUGUCAAACAUGUCCCAAGAUUAUUUACUUUUGACUGGUAAAACCCAUUGUCCUUUCAUUGUCUUCUUAAUGUUGCUCCAUUGUGUAAAAACUCUGUUUAUAUGUCAGUUGACCUUUUUUUUUAUGAUUAAAUUAUUGUUUGUAUAUGAAUUCCAAACCAAACUGUAUAUUUCUUGUAAAAUAAACAAAGAUUGAUUGAAACAUGACUUUCAUUUUGGUCCUCAUAUAAAAUCUACUAAUAUGAACAUUUUUGGUCUGAAAGAGUUCACAUUUAUCUAAGGACUGUUAAGAUAGUCCUGUCUCUUUCAUGUACUUUUGCAGUGGAUUCCUUUCAGGAG